AAUUUUAAAGGAACGGCGUCUUAGCGACAGUAGCGAGAUGUCUACAAUAGAAAUGGAUGUAGAAUCUAGAUCUAGAUUCGACUUAUCUAGUUGAUUUUUCAUUUGCUUAAAGUUUUCUUUGUUUAAAAUGGCGUUAGAAAAAACGAACAAUGCAAAGACACCUUUUAAUAUAAAUUCACCAGUUAACAAGUAUGAUCUCCUUACCUUGGAGCAGCAUAAGCAUGGCUUGACUGAAGAGCACAUCCUUCUAGCCUUUCAAGCAUUUGAUGAACUCAUUCCAUAUCUUGGUGUAUUUACACAAAUAUUUCAGAAAUUACGAGCAGAUUUUAUUGCUGCAGUGUAUAGUGAUGAAUUAACAGGCACCACAGACAGCUCCAAAGAAUAUGUUCAAAGAAAGCCAUUUUUUCUUCUGGUUAAGCAAGACCAAGAUCAAAAAAUUGAAUUGAUAGAGGAACUGAAAGAACAAUUAGAAAAAGUGAAAAAAAGUUUGUUUGAGAAACACAACCAUCUCAGUGAAGCUCUUGAAGAGUUAUCCAAAAAGGACAAUGAAAUCAGUGACCUUAUAUUACUACAGACAAAAUUAAAAGAAAAAAUUGAAGAACAACAAAAUGAAAUGAAUAAGAUGGAAAGCCAAAUGGAAGAAAUCAAAUCAAGUGCUAGUUUUACUGAACACCAACUUGCUUGUGAUAUUUCUGACCUCAGGGAUGAAUUAGAAGAUGCUAAAAAUGAAAUCAAAGAAUUGUCUGUUUUCAAAAAAAGUUAUGAUGAUAUAUAUUUUGCAUUCAUGGAUAAAUCAAUGGAUGAUGAUGAAAUUAAGCAGAAGAAACAGUCUGUUGUAUCCACAAAAAGAGCUAACUUGGAAAAUGAACUGGAGUCUGCACAAAGACUAGAAGAACAAAUCUUAUUGAUAAUGAACACAAUGAUAGAAGAUUAUGAAAAGCAUGUUGAUGCUCACAGGUUUAUUGUGAUGGAGAAAUGUAGCAGUCAUGCAGAGACAGACGCUGAGCAAGACUUAAGAGAGUUGGAGCUUGAUGAAGCAAAUGAAGAGCUCAGACAUGUACAGCUGACAUUUCAGAACAGUGUUGCAAACUUGCUGACAGAACUUGGUCUGCUUGAGCAACAUACUGGAAUGUUGAAUGAACAUUUGCAAAUGCUUGAGGAGCUGAAACCAACAUUAAUAAAAAAGAAACAGGAGAUGGAUCAGAAAUGGAAGGGAGAUUCAGUUCUUUCAGCUGGUUUAGAAGUAGAUGACUCUUUAGAGUCACACUUUGAUCCAUUCAUAGCACAGGAGCAAAUAUUUAGCAAAUAUUCAGCCAUGUUGUACACAUCUAAUAACCAAGGCAAAACAUUUGAAGAGUUGAAAGAUGCCAAGUAUUGUGCAAGCUGUGGGGAAAAAACAUUGAUCUGUCCACACAAAUUGACUGGCCCUGAAAAAAUCUUUAUUCUACCUCACCACUGUUCACAUAUAAAAAUAACAAGACCAAGAGUGAGAAUAAAUAAACAAGCUACAAAGAAUAAUGAAAAGCUUGAUCAACAAUGGGAACUAUUUCAAUACAAAAAUUCUAUCACUAAGUCCCACACUGAGUCAUCAACUUCUAAUACUGAUAUAUCCAGGGAGAGCUCACUAUUGGGAAUGACAGAUACUCAUAUAAUACACACAACCCAAAAGCUUUGGGAAGAUUAUAACAAGAGAACUACAAGUGAAAGGAAAAUACCCAGAUUUCUCACAUUAGAACAAACACAGGCCAUUAUUGAACAAUUCUUGGGCUAUCUUAUUUGGACGGAUGAAUUUCUUACAGAAGUUGAUGUUGAUGAAUCUAUUUUGGACCUAAUGUACAGAUACAUGCACUUUCAAUACAUGGUUGCUGAUGUAGCUAAUAUGGCAGCCCAUGAUUUUCUCUCUGCUAUAACUCAAUACAGUGGAGUUGAUAAGACGAUUCAACUUCUUGGGCAUGUCUUGAUUGGUAACUUGGAUGCCUCAUGUCUACGUUACGUACUUCUCAUUUGUGAUUUUAUCACAGCAGUCGACUGGAAAGAAGUUGAAGAUUUUAGAGCCUUUGCUACAGCCAUCUACCCAUUUCUUAAUGAAGAUGACUUUGAAAACUUACAAAUGAGUUACACUUCUUACAGUGAGAACAAGAUAUCUCAAUACCACGUGGCAUCAUUUCUAAUAAACCUCAUCAUUAAGCACAGAGAGCCCAGAUUUCGUGAUAUGGAAAUCAAACUGGUGCAGUAUCAGGGACAAGAAAAUGGGCAUCUCACUGAAGUGGAAUUCAAAGAAGCUACAGAGAACCUUGUUCCAUUAUGCAAUGAACAGAUACGAAACAGGCUGUUUAUCCAGUCAUUGAAGAGUUCUCAGCUUGAGCUGUCAAAAAAAGCUGUACCAAUAAUGAAACUAGCUCAUAUUGCUGCAUUUUUAACUCUUGAACAAAUCAGCAAUGUGAUUAGAGAGAAUGUUCUAUUGAAAUUGAAGGAAAGGAGAGCGCAUCUUAAGCCUCUGGCUAUUGAUGCUAAAGAACAGAGGGCCUCCAAUGAAGGUGACUACAAUGGCAGUAAGCUAGUGACCAUGACCUAUAUGAGACAGCUUGCAGCCAACAUUAACAGACAGUUCAAACAGGAGGAAGACAGCAUAUAUUCUUGAAAUGAGAUGACAAUAAAUAUCACUGUAUAUGUUAAACACAUGUGUUUAUUGGAAAUAAAACUUUCUACUUGUACAGCGAGAUUAUUUUGUUUAGUUACAUAAUACUUAGUAAUAUAAUUUGGCAUUAAAGAUCAAAUGGUAAAUAGAAAGGCUAAUCUUUUGAUAAAAUUUACAAAUGUUUUGUCCAUCACUUAAAUUAAGUCUUUCAUGAUUGUUAAAAAAUACCUUGUUUUUGAUGAUAGUCAAAAAAAAAAAUUUUUUUCUAUGAAAUGAAAUUAUAGUCUUAACCAUUUUAAUAUUUUUAUUUUCAUAACCUUGUCUUGUGCGGACAUAUGACUGCUGAUUUUCCUGAUAAGUUGUAAGAGUUUAUAACUCCACAAAUUAAUUUUCUUCAUUAAGGCACUAAAUUCUCAGCAUGUGUGUAGAAAAGUGUAAGGAAUAUUUGAAGAUUAUGUCUUAGGAUUUCUGUUACAAAAUAAUCCCUGUACAUAAUUCCUACAGGACACAUUGACAUAAAACAUGUUUAAAUUAAAAAAGACGACUUGAAUAUAGUAAGUCUCACAUUUUAUUCAUGACCAAAAUCCAAUGUUAAAAAAAUAUUUAGCACACAUACAAAAGAAAACAAAACACAAGCAAACAGAAACAUUCCAAACACAAAAUUUUCCUCUUACAGAAACAUUGUCAGAGAAAAUAAAAAAACCAAAAAAAUAAACCUUUUAAAACUUAAAAAUGAAGGGGGAAAUGGUUUUGAACGUAAAUAAAAGUUAAAAUGAAGAUGACUUUUUUUAUAAAGCAAGUGUUUCAUGAAUUCUGUUUUGUUUGGUAUUUUAUGAAUAUAGACAGAUAGUAUUACAAAUUUUGUGCUAUUUUAAAAAAACUUAUUGAAAUUAAACACUGUGAUAUUUCAGAACUGUACAAUAAAGAUUUCUAAAAAAAAAAAAAAA